AUGACGGACGAGGGCGCCGAUGAGGUGAAAGUGUUUCGGCGUACUGAUGCCGAAGAUUUGGAGACAAACGCUCAGUCAAGUCAUCAACUGGCCGAGGAUAAGAAGGACGUUGUGCUAGAGACUGAGCUUGAAUCGAGACCAAAUGGAGAUCCGCUUAUAGGUUAGUA